AUGCCAAGACCCAAGUCAAAAGCUCGACGUCGACGUCGAGAUGAAUACGAUCAAGACCAAGGGAUGCGAGACGUUCACGGCCGUUUGAAUCCACGCCAGCCCCAGCAGGAGAGUAUCCAGAGGAACAACAUUCUCAACCAAAGACCUGAGACGCGGUAUGAAGUGCUGGCUGCACGGGAAACUCUUGGCCAGGCUCCUUUGAAGUUGGAAGAAGAGCAGUCUUCUUACACCAACAACCCCCAAGACGUCGACGACGGCAAGCGACGAAAGACAAUCGACACCAGACUUCCCAAGACAAUUCACAGAAGCUCAAUGAAGCCCCCGAACAUUGAUGCCUCAUCCGUUAACAACUCUGUCCGGCAGUCUCAGCUGCCUGUCGCAAUGGACAAUCCCGGUCCGUACGAGUCCAACGACAACAGAACUGGUCAUCAAAGGCUCUUCACUUUCGGCCAGCCCAGAUACGAUAACCAUGACCGACUUGAAUAUAGCGAUAAAGCUUACGCCGGCCCAGAUCGCCCCGGAAAUGCCAAGCCGGAUAUCCGUUUGCUGUCAGUGCCAAACGAAAGAAACCACGCCGGCUCCUCGUCUCAUCGCCCGAGAAGUCAUUGCAGUGUCAGAUUCAACACACACAGCAGCGACCACUUUGGCCAGCCGAAGUAUCCGAGGCAGACGCCGGACAGCGAUGCGCCCCGAAUUUGUUUCGAAUUGGGCAGAAAUCCCAAUCAGGCGGAGGAGAUGCGCUCCUCAGAGACGGCCGGAAAGCCAAACGGCUCUCGUCUGCACGACAUCGACUACCGAAGAAAUGGACCGCCUUUUGAAGGCAAAGUGAAGAUGAGAAAGGAGGAGGCCGCACUACACGAGAUCACGACCAUGGAGUCAUUGGAAGGAGACCGCUUCCACAAAGACAACAUCUGCAACCAAUGCGGUCACUUUGGCCACUGGCUGGGCGACUGUGUCUUCCCGGACGACGGGGGCUUUAUCAUGGGCUGUCCCAUCCAUAACGCGAAGAGCCACACCUGGGACGACUGUCCUGAUGCGAAAAAGAUGACUCUUGAGCGCAAGAUCAUGUACCUCAUAGUAAGACGAAGGAACAAGCCGGCAAUCCGAUCGACGCAGCCCUGGAUCGCACUCGUUAAGCUAGCGUUGCAACGGGGCUUGGAGGACCACUGCUGGGGGCCUUCGGUGUGGACGCAGGAGUUUGUCAUGAAGAUGGUCUGGGGGCCAAAAGCUGGUCACCCGUGGCUCAACUUCGUCUACGGCCGGCAACUCAUAUCCAGCCUGCCCAAAGACCCGGAGACCAUGGAAGAUCCCGGAGUCUUGGUCGAGAAGCGCUUGUUGUGGGGACAGGUUCACAAGCCCGACAUUAAGGGAGGGGGGUUUGGCUACGGUCGUUAG